CCUGUUCCCUCCCACCUAUCUUUUCUCUGCGUUCAUCACCCGUCUCGUCGUCGUCUCCCGAUCACUUUGUUCCUCGACCAUGGACUCCUGUUAUCAUGAAAAAGAGGCACAGCUAAGAAGGGCGAACCAAGUAGAAGAAGAGCAAGAGUUGGGCCGAGCCGCAGAAACGGCCAGGUGUCUGCUGCUCUUCUCCCGCGCCAUAAGCGGAGCAGCAGCAGCAGCCGCGGCGGCAGCGGCACCCUUACCCUUGAAGGGCGGGUCCUAUGAGUGCAAGACGUGCAACCGCCGCUUCUCUUCCUUUCAGGCCCUCGGCGGCCACAGGGCGAGCCACAAGAGGCCGAGGUUCGCGGGUGAGGACGGCGGCGACGUCGACUCCGACGACCAGCAGCCUCACAAGCAGCGACGGGGGAAGGCGAGAGGGCACGAGUGCGCUAUCUGUGGGCUGGAGUUCGCCAUCGGACAGGCGCUCGGCGGCCACAUGAGACGCCACAGGAACGAAGCAAUUGAGCUCACCCUCGGUGCACCCACCGCCGAGACGACGAAGAAGGCAGCCAAGAAGGCCCGGUUCUUCGACCUCAACCUGCCUCCUCUAGAGGAUUACCCCACCACCUUCAUCCUUGCUUAGGUCACGUAGGGCUGCUCAUCUAACCGAGGCUGAUGAUGUAUAGAUCAAACUCGACGGGCUGCCUGAGCCGUGGCUGUUGUAGAUUGUUUACUACCCAUUACAUUUUUUUCCUUCCUCUUUUUUUUCAGUAUUUCUUGUAAAAGUUUUGUAGUCGCAGGGUCAUGUACACAUGAAUAAUUCAAAUAUUCUUUUAUUUUUA